CCAUGUUUGCCACAUAAAUUGAGGCUGGAGCCCAGUAUAAAUGAUGAAAAAUAAAAUCUUUCUUUAGAAGCAGAACAAAGUCUUUCGGCUCAAUUAAUCUUAAGCGGUGCAGUUGUUGGUAAAGCUACCAUCUUUACUCUUCUGCUGGUAUCAACUGUUCUCUGUUAAUCUGGGCCAGGGCAGGUGUAUUGUAAUGGUGUACACACUUGUGUGUUCAUUUCUCAGUAUUUGUUGGUUUACUUAAGCAGCUCUGAGAGAAAAUUGGAUAUUAGAGGAAGGUGUUUGUGGUUCUUGACAUUGUUUUUAGAAACAAAGAUGCAAAGAGUAAGGGUAUCAUCACAUCAAGCUCCAGUACACAAGCUGGGGGAUUCACAAAUGACAUUAUCCCCAAAGUUUAGGUUAGCUGCAAAGCAAUCUGAUUUACUUGACCCUUCUCUCGAGUUAGAAUUAUGGCAAAGGGGAGAACCCCUAAUUCCUGGACUUCCAGAUGAUGUUGCUCUCAAUUGCCUCCUUAGGAUACCAGUUGAUAACCAUAUGACUUGCAGGGUAGUCUGUAAACGUUGGUAUUCGCUUUUUGGCACUAAAGAUCGAUUCUUUUGUCGAAGGAAAGAGCUUGGAUUUCAUGAUCCUUGGUUUUUUGUAUUUGCCUUCCAUAAAAGUACUGGGAAAAUUCAAUGGAAUGUCUUUGAUCUAAAUAACUUUGCUUGGCACACUAUCCCUGCUAUGCCGUGCAAGGAAAAAGUUUGCCCCGAUGGAUUCGGUUGUAUUGCCUUUCCCCAUGAGGGUGUUCUCUAUGUUUGUGGUGGAGUAGCUUCUGAUGUCGAUUGCCCUCUCAAUGCGGUGGUGAAAUAUGAGGUCCGGAAAAACCGUUGGACUGUUAUGAAGAAGAUGAUCACUGCUAGGUCCUUUUUUGCUAGUGGAGUUAUUGAUGGGAUGAUUUAUGUUGUUGGAGGAAAUAGCACAGAUCUUUUUGAGCUGAAUUCUGCUGAAGUCUUGGAUCCUAAUAGAGGGAUUUGGCGCUCUGUUUCAAAUAUGGGAACAAAAAUGGCUGCAUACGACUCUGCAGUUCUUAAUGGAAAGCUUUUGGUAACAGAAGGCUGGUUUUGGCCCUUUUAUGUUUUUCCUAGGGGCCAGAUUUAUGACCCUCAAACGGAUAAUUGGGAGAACAUGGCUUCCGGGCUUCGAGAAGGUUGGACUGGUUCCAGUGUUGUGCUCUAUGGGCGUCUGUUUGUUGUUUCAGAACAUGAACGAACGAAGCUUAAGGUUUAUGACUCGGAAACUGAUUCAUGGGACACUGUUGAAGGACAUCCACUGCCAGAGCAGAUAUGCAAACCUUUUUCUGUAGAUUGCUGUGACAACCGGAUUGUUGUUGUAGGUCGAAAUCUUCAUGUUGCUGUAGGACAUAUCAAGAGCCUGCAGCAAAAGAACACAUCAAGCAAACGCUGCUCGUUCGCUGUUUGCUGGCAAGUGGUAGAUGCUCCUGAAUCCCUUUCUGACUUCACACCAUCUAGUGCACAGGUUCUAUUUGCUUAGCUUCAUAGUUUCUAUUAAUUAACAUGCGUGGAAUGUCUAGUAGUCUAUCUUAUGUAUUUCCAACAAGGUCCUGUAAUUGAAUAUAAUUAAUUAUCUAUGGGUAUUCCUCAGUUUCUGCUCUAUUUAGCUGAUAUA